CGUGGUAAGAUACGAUAGACGCAGUGAGAAAGUAUGACCCUGGAAUGGAAACGGAUCAGUCGCCGCGGCGAUUUCGUACGCGUCGCAUAGCUCGUCCGAUGUUAUACAAAACAUUUUAAUAAAAAACAAUGUUCGUGCAAGACAAAGCGCAGACAAUAAAUCACGCGAAGAAUCUCGUUUUAAAAUUUUUUAAGAAUUACCAUCAGUUGCACACGGUUACCAAAUAUCGUUGAUAAUUUUUUUUUAUUCAUGGAUUCGUCCAUUUAUCGAUGAAAGUGCAUUAGAAAAACUGAAAGCGUGAUUUAAAGUGUAGAAAAACAAAGAUUAUACAAGCAUCUUGUAUUUACUUAUAAUAAUCCCUUAAAAAUGUUUUGCGUCUUUAAUUUAUUUUAAUGUGAUUGCUACAAUGCCAGUUCACUGUGAAAUUUUAAAUGUGAUUAUUUGAAUAAUUUUUCACAGAUCAAAGAUUCCUUUGGAUACACAGUUUUCAUAGCGUUGUAUACGAAGCGAGAUGGAAACGGAUCGCGACGAUGCAAUUGUCGAUCCAACAGUGCGGAUGAUAGACGAAGGUUGUUCGAUUCAUUUGAGAGACGAUGAAGAUUUUGUUAAUCCUCAAGGACGCCCAGUAUCUCAGAUGCACGUCGAGUUCGACGAUCUCUCGUACUCGAUCUGUUACAGUAAAGGAAAAACAAAGAAGAUUAUGGAGAACGUGACAGGAUGUUUUCGACCGGAAAGGUUAACAACAAUCGUUGGCCCAUCCGGCGCUGGCAAGACCACGUUGCUUCGGAUAAUAUCUACCCUGAAAUCUAGCAAUGUCCAGGGUUCAAUCACCGUUAAUGGAGAGGAAUGGAACGGUGGCGCCUUUCGAAAGCAAUCGUGUUAUCUCCCGCAAGAGUUCGCUCUAUCGCCAUUGCUUACCACCCGAGAAACGCUUUACAUUGCCGCGCGUUUGAAAAUGCGCGGGAAUCUGGAUCGGCGCGCUUUCUGUUUGAUCGUUACAGAAAUAGCUGAAAGUUUGAAUUUAACAAACUGCUUGGACACAAUGGUGGAAGAUCUGAGCGGUGGAGAACGGAAGAGACUAGCCAUUGGAGUUGAAAUAAUUACAAGACCAUCCGUUUUGCUACUCGAUGAACCAACAAGUGGAUUAGACAGCACAUCUUCGUAUCAGGUAAUCUGUUUGCUGCAUAAAAUUGCUAGAGGAGGUUGCACAGUAGUUUGCGCAAUUCAUCAACCGAGUAGUAGAAUGAUAUCUCAAUUUGACGACUUAUUGGUAUUGCACAAGGGAAGAUCUUAUUACUGUGGUAAAUGGGAUGAUGUCCUAAGUACCUUUAACGAUGCAGGCUACACGUGUCCGCAAUUUUAUAACAUAUCCGAGUUCGUUUUGGAGGUGGUGACGAAAGAAAGGGGCGGAGAUUUGAACAGUUUGUACAAAAUUAAUCGGGAGAAAUAUUUGCAAUGGAAAACGCAUAUCCAAAAACCCAAGGUUGUAACGACAGCUACAAAAUUGGACGGUUUGAAUAACAAAUCAAAGCAAUCACGUAUUUGGCAAGAACAGAAGAUCCUGUUCUUAAGGGCAAUGAUUUGUAUUAAACGCGACAAUACUUUGACAAAAUUGAGAUUCGCGGCUCACUUGGUAGUAGGUUUUCUACUAGGCGUAGUAUUUUAUAAUUCUGGAAUCGCUGCUAGUAAAGUUAACAGCAAUAUUGCUUGCAUAUUUUUUAUUUUGCUGUUUUUAUAUUUUUCCAAUUCUAUGCCCGCUGUGCAAAUAUUCCCCAUAGAAGCUGCUGUUUUCGUGCGAGAAUACUUAAACAACUGGUACCAUUUAAGAUCUUACUAUUUUGUUAAAGUUAUUUCAGAUUUACCAUUGCAAAUUCUUAAUCCUUCCGCGUUCAUCGCUAUUGCAUAUUACAUGACUGGCCAACCAAUGGAGAGUCACAGGUUUUUUCGUACUUGGUUAAUUUGUGUAUUGACAACGAUUCUUGGACAAUCUUCGGGAAUGCUCGUUGGCGUUACAUUCAACACAAAUCUAGGAGUAUUUUUAAUUCCCGCCGUCAACAUGCCCAUUAUCCUUUUCGCUGGAUUUUUCUUGAAAUUUAGCGAAGUAACGUUGUACCUUCAACCUUUAUGUGCCAUAAGUUUCUUCAGAUACGCAUUCGAAGGUAUUUUACAGUCAAUCUAUGAUGGAGGUAGAGAAAGAUUACAAUGUGAUGAAAUUUACUGUCAUUUACGUUCUCCAAAACAAAUUUUGAAAAUGAUGGAUAUGCCAUCAGUUUAUUAUUCCACCACUGUACUAGCUUUAUGUAUUUGGAUAGUUUGUCUGCAGGUUUGUACGUACCUGAUACUUAAAUGGAAAGCUCAUAUAGCUAAAAGGCUCGCAGAAUAUCAAACGCUAAGAAGAUUAGAUCAUCCGAAUUCUAGGAUUACAUUCUAGACGAGCUACUCUAUAUUUCCUUUCGCAACACGAG